AUGCCGCUUGCUAUUGCUUCACAGACCGACGAUGUCGCUCUCAAGCGACGUAUGGCGCUGGCCGGCUCGUCUGGGCCAAUGGCUGCGUUCCACAACUUGCGUGUCGUCGGAAUCGCCAUGUUUGCCUGUCUAGGUGGAUUGUUGUAUGGUUACAAUCAAGGUGUUUUUAGCGGUGUCUUGACCAUGACGGCAUUCGGUGAACAUAUGGGCGAUUACACAACGAAUUCCACGAAGAAGGGUUGGCUGACCUCGAUCUUGGAAUUGGGUGCUUGGUUCGGAACUCUCUAUUCAGGUUUUCUGGCCGAGGUGCUUAGUCGUAAAUAUGCGAUUUUGAUCAAUACUGCUAUUUUCAUUCUGGGUGUUGUUAUUCAAUGCACAGCCGUGACAUCGUCGGGUCCCAAUUCGAUUCUGGCUGGUCGAUUCAUUACUGGUAUGGGUGUUGGUUCGUUGUCCAUGAUUGUGCCUAUGUACAACGCCGAAUGUGCUCCUCCCGAAAUCCGUGGUUUACUAGUCAGUCUUCAGCAAUUUUCCAUCGAAUUCGGAAUCUUAAUUUCUUUCUGGAUCGACUACGGCACAAACUAUAUUGGUGGUACAGGUCAAGGACAAAGCGAUGCAGCCUGGCUAGUCCCUCUUUGCCUGCAGCUUGUUCCUGCCGUUGUUCUCUUCGCUGGUAUGAUUUUCAUGCCCUUCUCUCCUCGAUGGCUUGUGCAUCACGGCCGUGAAGAGGAAGCUCGUCGUGUUAUUGCCAUGCUUCACGGCGGAAGCGGCGAAUCAGCCGCCAUGGAUGAAGUUAUCGAGCUCGAAUUCCUAGAGAUCAAGGCUCAGUCAAUGUUUGAGAAGCGUUCUACCGCAGAAAAGUUCCCUCAUUUGCAGGAACUGACUGCGUGGAAUACCUUCAAGCUCCAGUUUGUCGCUAUCGGCUCUUUGUUCAAGACCAUGCCUAUGUUCCGUCGUGUCAUCGUCGCCACGGUUACUAUGUUCUUCCAGCAAUGGACUGGUAUUAACGCUGUGUUGUACUACGCACCAAGUAUCUUUGGUGCGUUGGGACUGUCUAACAACACGACUUCCUUGCUGGCCACUGGUGUUGUCGGUAUCGUCAUGUUCUUAACCACUAUCCCGAUGAUGGUUUACGUCGACCGAAUCGGUCGCAAACCUGUCCUCAUUGCCGGCGCUGUUGCAAUGGGCGUUAACCAUCUCAUCAUCGCCAUCAUCUUCGCAAAGAAUCAAGACCAAUGGCCAACACACCACGCCGCUGGUUGGGCUGCCAUUGUCAUGGUCUGGCUCUUCGCCGCAAAUUUCGGUUGGUCUUGGGGUCCAUGUGCAUGGAUCAUUGUCGCCGAGGUCUGGCCACUAAGUGCUCGCCCUUACGGAAUCGCCCUUGGCGCCAGUUCCAACUGGAUGAAUAACUUCAUUGUCGGUCAAGUGACACCGGAUAUGAUCACACAUAUGAGAUAUGGUACAUUCCUCUUCUUCGGGUUGCUGACGCUCUUGGGUGCCGUGUUUGUAUGGAUCUUCGUGCCGGAAACCAAACAGCUCACACUCGAGGAGAUGGAUGUCAUCUUCGGUAGUCAAGGUGUGGCAGCGUCGGAUAAGGAAAGAAUGGACCAGAUUCACCUGGAAUUGGGGUUGGUGGACAGAGCGGCUAAUGAGGAUUUGCACACCACAGAGGUCAAGGAGGAGGUCAAGGAGAGUGAACUCAAAGCUGAAUAA